AUGGCGUCGUCUACAAUAAAUCAACCCAAUAAAUCAGAUGAUCAAAAUAAUAAACUUAACCAAGUAUCAGAAACUUUUGAUGAGAAUGAAAAAGUUUUGCCAAUAUCUUCCGCGAAUGUGGAAGAAACAAUAAACUCAGAAAGUGUCAAAAUCAUUCACAAGCGUGCCACAGGUAUUAGCUCCACUGCCCGGGCACGUAUAUCAGUACCAUUGGAAGCAGAGAAAAGUUUGAAACUUCAUGCACGACCAUUUGACGAAUUUCUGGUACAAGAACCAAAUACAGAUGUACCACCAGAAAAAUUUGUAAAUCCAAACGAUAAUAAACCUUCAUUUAUUCAAAAAACUUCGUAG